AUGAAGAAACAACAGCACCAGCAAAAACCGAAGUCAAUAUUGAAGUGUCCGAGGUGUGAUUCUGCCAAUACAAAGUUCUGUUAUUACAACAAGUCACAGCCCAGGCAUUUCUGCAAGGCUUGUAAGAGGCAUUGGACCCAAGGUGGCGCUCUCCGCAGCGUUCCGGCUGGCGGAGGCCGCAAGAACAAGCUGCUUAAGACAUCGAAUGCCGGCAAAACCAGCACUGUCGUGCAAAUUCAAUGGCAGCAGCAGCCGCAGAAUCCUAUCGAUUGCAGCUACAACGGGGUUUUCCCUUUUCCGAGUGUGGAUUCGUUCAACACGACUCCACCGUAA